CUGGUAAAAUCUUUCGCGGCCCGAGCCCAGUUAUCUGCCUCCCGCGGCCUGGGUUUUAAUUGCGUGUAGCGGGAGUCAAAGUUGUGUCCCCUGGGAAAAUCCGGAACCGAGCCCGCGACAGCGUGGGAUGUGCGAAAUGUGUCCGGAAAAUAUCCGCCCUGUGAACGUGGAAUCAGUGAUUUCGGUGGUUACGCUCUCUUGUCUCUCGCCAAACUCAAAAUAGCGCCCCCAGUUAUCGCAGAAACACACCCCCUCCCCCCGCGUUGCUACAUUUUACCGCCAUCCCCUCCCCCCUCUCUUUCAUAUACUAUACAUAGAAUUAUGGCAUCGGACUUUUCUUGUUCACUAUAAACAUGCGCGUAUCCAUUUGAAUGUGAAAUGACUCAAAAUAAGGCUCUGGAUCUUUUCGACACUUGUGAUUCGAAAAUAUUAAUAUUAGCGACAACCUAUUUACGAUUUUUGACAUAUUUGAGCUUGAUUUGAUGGUUGACAAAAUAACUGAUGAAAAAUAUUUCGGUGGCUUGAAAUAGGACAGAUAAAUUGACUGCAAUUUCUGAAUAAUACGAAACACGAUAGCUCAGUUUUGUACCAAAGGACAUGAAUGUGCAAAUUGUUCGGGUUCAAAUAGCUUCGUAAAUAGUGUGGCUUUUCCUUUUCUCUCUGAUCUGUUCGGCUGUUCGAUCAGCACAUGCGCACUGCGCGCGGAGAAUUUUCUCGCGAUAUGUGCGCUGUUGAAUAAGGAUUUGCAAGUUUACAUAUCGUAACGCAACAUCUGUAAAAUGGAGUCGAAUGUGAUGCUUUGGCAGUUCUUGCUGGAAAUACUGAAGAGCGAGAAAUUUUACAACAUUAUUCGUUGGACCAAUAGCAGGGGCGAGUUCAAGCUUAUCGACGCCGAGGAAGUGGCCAGGAUGUGGGGCCUCCGCAAAAAUAAAACCAAUAUGAAUUACGACAAACUCAGUCGAGCACUCCGUUACUACUACCAGAAAAAUAUCAUACAGAAAGUUCUUGGUCAAAAAUUCGUUUACAGGUUCGUUUCGAUACCGUGGAUAGAGAAGGAUAUCGACGAAGACUCAGUGAGCUGUUUCUUGAAUUCAUCGAUGGAAGCCUCACACGGAUCCGAUCUCACGGAAUCAUGUAAUCACUAUCUCAACAAACUGAUCAACCUCCCAACCCAUGCAAAUUCUGAGAUAGACGAGCUUCGAUACCCAACGGUCCGGAAGUCUAAAAGUCGACAGAGGUCGUGGGAGGAGUGUGGAAAUCGUCUAGAUCUUGCAAAGUCUCAAAACUGCCGUUUUUGCGGAUCACCAAACUUCGGCAUCCCCGAAAAGAUGCACGAGCCGCUCAAAUGCUGGAAAGAUCUCUGCUCCAACUGCCACUCCAGCCUUGGAGCCUCUCUUUGCAGGUUACUUCUCCCCACACCCAGGAAGAGACUUCUGCUGGAACGCUACUGGAGUAAUGAUAGCUAUAAUCUGAUCAUACCAUCAUGAUUCAGAGAGAGAGAGAUCAACUUCAUGCAGUGUGUAAAUUUUUAGAAAAUCAUGAAGUUAGAAUAUUAGCGUGAUUUGAGCUCAAGGUUUUCAGUCGACCGAUACUAACUUAAGUUAGUAGUUUAUUUAUCAUUGGUUCAUUGAGUUGAAGACAAAGUGGUUUAAUUUGUAUAAAUAAAAAAUAAGUUUUUCACGCUCAAUCAGUCCUGUUGAUGGAAGUUCCCAAUUUCAAACGAGUCAGCAGUGGACGUCCUCUGCACCCCAGGUCCUCUGCAUUUAGGUCGUUCAUAAGUAGAUGCUUUAGUUUUUCUAUGUAUGUAUAUAUUGAAGUAAUUAUAAGUUCAUAAAUUACGAGUCAAA